AUGGCACCGCCCAACUCCGGACAGUGCGGAUCCGUCAUCUUCAAGCGGGCUACCGUCAACGACAUCUAUGCCGGAACCGCCAAGGACGGCUCGAACAACUGGGUAGCGGCGGAUCUGUUCGUCCGGUCGAACGCGGGGAUCACCAUCAAGUCCAACGCCGCGGGCACCAACGGGGCGAAAGACAACAUCUACCUCGACGGCACGACCUUCACCAAGUCCGGCCUCCUGGGGACCACCACCGACGCCCCCAACCUCACCCUCAGCAGCGCGUCGGGCGACGUCUACGUCAACCCGGCGACGGGUGGUCUCAAGUCGGCUUCCGCCCUGACCCUGUCCACCGACCCGGGCGGCUUCACCCUGAACACGGCCUCGAAGAGCUUCGCGACCGACUCGAGCAUCGUCUCCUCCCACGCGACGACCGUGCUGACGAGCGUCGGCGUGACGACCCGGAUCCGCUCGGAUGACAACCAGAACAUCCAGCUGAGCCCCGGCUUGACCGGCAAGGUCAUCAUCGACUCCGACCUGGACCUGGGCACGGGAGUCGUGACCGCCCCGACGGCGGACCUGGCCCUCUCCUCCACCUCGGGAGACGUGAACGUGACGGCGGGAUCCGGGAAGAAGAUCAACUUCCUGUCCGACGUGUACUUCGCGACGGGAGGCCUGUCCACCGGCGGCGGCGACGGCGGCCUCACGUUCUCGACCUCUUCCGGUCCCAUCAACCUCCAGCCGGCCACCACUUUGAACGUCAACGCGCCCAUCAUCACCUCCGACGGGCACAUCACGGGAGACUCCGUGGACCUGGUCUUGGGCACCAGCACCUCCGGCGACAUCCAGCUGGAACCCGCGGCGGGUGGCGUCGUGUCCGCCAACGCGCAGUUCGUCACCAGCCAGGGCACCAUCCAGGGCUCUUCGGCUCUCACGCUCACGACCGGCACGGGAGCCCUCGCCUUGGAGCCGGCCUCCGGACAGAACGUCACCACCAACGCCCCCAUCGUCACCUCGAACGGCUCCUUGGAGGGCUCCGCCGGCCUGACGCUCACCACCGGCUCGGCGGCCCUCGCGCUGAACCCCGCCAGCGGGCAGAGCCUCACCACGAACGCCAAGUUCGUGACGUCGGACGGCCAGAUCGAGAGCUCGGCUGGCUCCGGCCUCACAUUCACCACGGACUCCGCCGACCUGACCCUGUCCCCGGCCGACAAGAUCAUCUUCACCAAGCCCGUGCUCACCACCGACGGGCACUUCUCGAGCGCCUCCAACACCAACUUCACCAUCACGCCCGGAGCGGGGGCCUCUGUCGUCAUCGAGGGCGACCUGCUCGUGACGGGCACCCUGAGCCACGUCAACACGUCCGAGCUCAACGUGGAGGACAAGCGCAUCACUCUGGGAGUGGGGACCAACGACGACACGCUCGUGAACGGCAGCGGGAUCCUGCUGGCCGGCGACGAUUACGGCACGGAUGCGGAGCGCCUGAGCAUCCUGUGGAAGGCGGCGGCGGCGGGGAACAACGCCGUCUGGGAGUUCUCCGGAGGAGACCUGAGCAUCACCAGGGCGACGACCUCGAACGGCACCAUCAAGUAUCUGUUCAGCAUCGACGACACCACCACGGAUCUCAGCAUCAUCAAGUUCACCGACUCCGGCUCCGGCUUCGGGACCGGGGACAUCGACAGCAUCAUCAUGAGGCAGAAUGGCAUCAAGGACGCCACCGAAUACCGUAUGUUCAUCGAGGCGCGGGGCCUGGAACUGACGCGAGCGAUGUGGGCGAACGCACAGAAGAACAGGAUGCGGCCGCUCGCGUGCGUGGGCAAGUGA